UUACCUGUUUCACUACGGACGUGAGCGCUUGUUGGCGAGCACAUGUGACUCUGCUGAGAGGAGCCAGCCCGCUAAAACCCCAAAAGCUGUUUGUUUCCGGGAGCUGCGACCCCCUCCGAGACAAGCCUAAACUCCGGCAAGUGCUUUUGACCGACCUGAGAAGCGAGCUGAGGAGCCGCGAGCGCCGCCAGGAUGCACUUGUUGUCCGCCCUCUUCAUCACCGCGCUGCUCCGCCAAGCAAGUGCUUUGGAAACUGUUGUCGGCCUGUAUGGGGAGACGCUGGAGAUCCCGUGUAACAAUGGAGCCAUAAAAGAAGACGUGCUGAUCACCAAAUGGAAAUACGACAAAGGAGUCGGCGUGUCAGGAGACUUGCUGACCAGGGGCCAGUCACAGGAUGUUUCAGUCACGGCAGAUGAUGAAUAUAAAGGACGAGUGAGCAUGGCCGCUAACGCCAGUCUGAUGGUUUCUGAGGCCAGACUGACGGACCAGCGUACUUUCACCUGCAUGGUGGUAGUGGGCGGCAACAUUGCAGAGUACCCUGUUAACGUGGAGAUCUACAAGACGCCUGCAGGAGUGGAGAUUUCUGAAAAAGCUGCAGAGCUAGAGAUCGGCAAACUGACUAAGCUCGGCACGUGUGUCGUAAAAGAUGCCAACCCACCCGCAAAGGUCACAUGGCUGAAGAACAACAAACCUCUGGUUGCUGAUGGGAGAGGGAUUUCCAUCCAGGAGUCGGCGCAACAAGACCCAAUAACCGGCCUCUCUACGACGACGUCCACCUUGGAAUAUUCUGCAGAGAAGGAAGAUGCUGAUGCUGAGUUCAAGUGCAGCACCCAGCCCAAGAUGAGCCCGGAGCUGGUGUCCUCGUUGGUGAAGUUCUCUAUUACCUACUCCACUGAGAACAUCGUACUAGAGGUCCAUGGACAACAACCCGUGGUGGAAGGGCAGAAUGUGACCCUGAAGUGUGUGGCAGAUGGCAACCCAGCACCAACCAGCUUCAACUUUUACAUCAAGGGCGAGAUGAUAAGAGUGGACUCCAACAACUACAUGCUGACGGACAUCGGCCGAGAAGCCACCGGUGAAUACAAAUGCUCUCUCAUCGACAACCCCCUGAUGGAGGCGUCUCAGGAAAUCACAGUCAACUACCUUGACAUCAAUCUGAGCCCCGCUGGGGAUAUCGUCAAGCGCGCCGGCGAGGCUCUGGAGCUAAACUUCCGAAUUGAUGCUUCUGGGGAUAGUAAAGUUACCUGGAGGAAGAACAACGUCAUCCUGGAUAAAGAGCCUCAGUUGAACAAGCUGACCUUCUCAGACUCUGGACGUUAUGAGUGCGAGGUGAGGAUGGGACCCCUCAGCAGGAAAGCUUCCUUUGAGCUGCUGGUUGAAGGUCCACCAGUAAUCAGGAAGCUGUCCAAACUGCGCAGCAAAGACGGCAAACACAAAGUUCUGAGUUGUGAAGUGGAAGGAUCUCCAAAGCCAUCUGUGUCUUGGAGCAUCAAUGGCACAUCGCAUGAAAGCCCCUUCAUCAACGGUCAGAUAACGUACAAGAUCACGGUGGUGCCCACGGAGAACCUGACCGUGUCAUGUGUAGUGAACAACCAGUUCGGCCGAGACUCCGAGGAGAUCGAGGUGUUGUCUCUAUUUGAGGAGGUGAAAAUGGAUAAACGAGAUCAGUCUGGCGACUAUGACCAGACCAAGCUGGUGGUGGGAGUCGUGGUCGGGCUCCUCGUCGCCUGCGUGGUCAUCGGACUGAUCUACUGGAUCUAUGCCAAGAAGUCCAAGCAGGGAAGCUGGAAGACUGGCGAGAAGGAGAACGGUUCCUCUGAGGAGGAGAGGAAACUGGAGGAGAAGGUGGAGGAGAAUAGUCAAAAAGCGGAAGUGUAAACUACUAUCAUCCAUCCUAUUGGGAAUGUGGAAGUGAGAUCAAGAACUUUUGCACAUUUCUCUUCGCCUCUGUCUUUGGGAAAGGAAUUUCAAAAAAGUGUACAUCGGGAUGAAGACGUUUGGAUUUGGUUUCAGGGAGAAUUUCACAAUAAAAGCAUAUCCACACUCCACCCACCACUCCUUAAAAAAGGUUUAAAAAUUAUUUUUUUCUGCACUACCAAAACGUGUAACUAUUCAUGUCGUUAGAAAAACAAUUUGGGAUGUUUUUUUUUUUUUGUUUUCUUAGUUGACGCAAACAAAAUAGACCAGUUGCCUUUGCUGUAAGGAUGUGUAGCCCCCCGAACCCUCACCUCCUCGCGUUAGUUUCCAUUCUCACUUCUAGAGUUCAACAACAUCACAACCUCUGCCUUCGACGAUCUUGUUUGUUCACUCAAAUUGCAGUUCGGAACAAGGGCUUAGGAGCUUUUUGGUUCGCUCACCGCUAGUUUGGAUACUUGGUGUUACACAGUUCAUUUCUUUCAUUUCGCAGCCAUUACAGAUAGAUUUUUGAAGGAGCUUCGAUCUGUUUUCAUUCUUGAGUCGUGCUUUUUACUUCACAUGUACGGAUCCGUAGCAGCGUGGACGAAACAUUUGCCUUCUUUUCUCAACAUCUACUUGUCAUUUGUUUUCUGUCCGUGCACUAGUUUUUAUGUUUUCUGGCCAGAUUGUGUAGAAUACAAUGGAAUGUGCUCAGCUGUGUGUGUGUCACAGUCUUUGGUCCUUAAAAUAACAUUCACUUAAAAAUCAAAAGCAGGACGUAGUUGUCGAGUAUGUGCUUUUUUUUUCCUUUUGUCUAUUUAUAUUGUACAAGUUCGAAUAUCCCAGUAGGCAAAGUUAAUUUGUUCAAAUUGUGGAGGAAAUGCUUGCUGACUUAACAAAAAAAAUUCGAUUUCACAGCUUUCUGUCGCCUACUGUGUGUAAAAGUUGAAUUGGAAGAAUGACCAAAGAAAGUGAACAUUGCCAUGCAAGUAUUGUAAAUAUCUGAUGUUUGUUUUUUGUACUUUUGUUUAAAAUAA